CAGCUUCCUUUCCGCCGGCCUCUCUUCCCUAGCUGGAGGCCGGUAGGCAGCAGAAGCAGCAGCAGCCAUGGCGCCCAGCCGGAAUGGCAUGAUCCUGAAGCCGCACUUCCACAAGGACUGGCAGCGGCGCGUGGCCACGUGGUUCAACCAGCCUGCGCGGAAGAUCCGCAGGCGCAAAGCUCGGCAGGCCAAGGCGCGGCGUCUGGCCCCGCGGCCUGCGGCCGGCCCGGUGCGACCCAUCGUGCGCUGCCCGACCGUGCGCUACCACACCAAAGUGCGCGCCGGCCGGGGCUUCAGCCUGGAGGAGCUGCGGGUGGCCGGCAUCCACAAGAAGGUAGCGCGCACGCUCGGUAUCUCCGUGGACCCCCGGCGGCGGAACAAGUCCACCGAGUCGCUGCAAGCUAACGUGCAGCGGCUCAAGGAGUAUCGCUCCAAGCUCAUCCUCUUCCCGCGAAGGCCCGCGGCCCCCAAGAAGGGCGACAGCUCGGCUGAAGAGCUGAAACUGGCCACGCAGCUGACCGGCCCGGUCAUGCCCAUCCGCAAUGUCUAUAAGAAGGAGAAGGCGAGGGUCAUCACCGAUGAAGAGAAGAAAUUCAAGGCCUUCGCCAGCCUGCGCAUGGCCCGAGCCAAUGCCCGACUCUUUGGCAUCCGAGCUAAAAGGGCCAAGGAAGCAGCAGAGCAGGAUGUUGAGAAAAAGAAAUAAAGUGUGUGUGGUUGUA